CCUUCGGGCUCCUUCGAGUUCUCUCGCUUCUACGAUGCCCAGGUCAAGGUCCUCGAGCUUGAGGCCCGCAUGGGUGCAGAGCCGAAAAUCUUGGUUGCCAGGCUGGACUACGACAAGACAGUCUACGCACUCGAGCGCCAGGAAACCGGCUUAUAUAGCUUGUGCAAACUCAGCAAUGGGGUGGAUCUUGGCCUGCUCAGCCGGGAUGCGUCGCUCGUCGCUGCUGCAGUCUUGAGAAAGCGUAGUUCGUCCAAGACUGAAGAACCACGAGCUCUGCCCACCACAACAAUAAGCUCCCACCACGAAAGCAAAAAGAGAAGACUGGCUAUCGAGGCAAUCCAGUCGCUUGUCAAGAAGCCCCCGCCAUUAAGCCUGGAGGGACCAUCGGCUGGCGACGCGUCUGAUCUCCAGGUUCCAAUCGAGCACGAAGUCUCAGGACUCCUUUCCACAGCUCCCUCGCCGCUUAGCGUAGCACAAGACGCCCAGCCACCACCAGUCGGCACAAGCGAAGGCACCACCGAGGAUGUACAUCACGCGAACAGUGCUCUCGAAGACCUUGCUCGACCUGACGCCGACACUAUCUUUGACAGUAUACGGAGGCAGUAUCAAGAGACACUCUAUCAUUCCAGGGGAUCACUGGCAUACUUUGCAAAAGGACCGUUGUCCCGUGCCCGUGCUGCCUUCCAUCUAGACUGUGAUGGCGAUCUUGAAAUGGUUGACCUGGUCGAAUAUCUCAAGACUCUGAUUAUGACAACGGUGCAGAUCGACAAGAAGUACCGUGAAAUCGUCCCGGAGAUAAUCGCGAAAUGCAAACUAAUCGCCCAGGACUCUGACGAAGAGAACAAGGCCGCAAAGGCUAAGAAAAGGCGAGCAAAGAAGAUGAAGCUGAACAAGGACGGUCUAUACCCAGACGACGAAGAGCAUGUUCGCAAAUGGUGGUCUACCCGUCGACCGAAACCAAAAGACGAUGAGGACACCACGAGGCAGUCGCCUCAAGAAGCACGUUGGGAAAUCUCAUAUCUGAGAUCCCGAGAAACACAACUUCAGAUGAUCCUCAUCCUCGAGAUUCUUUCUUUGCAGCCAUUAUGCACUUCCGAUAAUGGUGCUGACUCGCAGCAGCCGUCGCUCCCUGGUGACGAUGCUGUCCUCCACGAAGAUGCAUCCCAGCCACAGAAGAAAAAGCGGAACCGGCAUAAUCUCCCAUUCCUCCUGGACGUGCAUGCCGAUCGACUCACGAUUUGGCACUCUACCGCGCUCGACGAUGUCAACAUGGUGGAUGGCACUGACAGCCAACGGAAUCCUGAAGAUCAAGACAGUCUGCGGCCGACGGCAGACCCCUUAAAGGACUUCUGUGUUGACAUCAUUGUCCCAUUCUUUUCUGCACGUCUUCCCGAACAAUGUGAUUCUAUCAACAGGAAGCUAGGCGGGCCUGUCAUGAUCUCUCCUCCAAAGCCUCGUUCGAAAGCCAGGCGGCGCGAUGUUAGUGCUUCCAAGGCCAAGGCCAAGCCAGAGACGACGAGCAAGCGCUCAGGGUCUUCCAGCCACAAGUCCAGUCUAGAGAAUGUCUUGUCCAGAGAGUCAUUAAACCACCGCAGAAGCAUGUCGCGGGGUCCCAGCGGAAUGAUCGCCCUGAUGAGAUCUGCCUCAACGCCCCUCUUGCCAGCCAUGAAGAGAGAGGCUAGCGAACCAGCCCCGGUUGCAAAUAUUCCCACAGCCACGGAGAAAGAUACUGCACAAAGCCCGAGUGCCAAUGGUGCUCAGGGCGUGAAGCGAAAGCUGGGAGAGGAUCGCGUGAAGAAGGACGCACAGGUAAAGGCUGAGCUCAAGAGUGCCAUUUCGGCACUAAGGAGACCAAAUCGCGAAGUCGUCGGCCAGGCUAUGGAGGAGGACGCUGAGAGACGAGCCACCACUACGCUGUCUCAGCUGAAGAAAUCCAGGAAACCUCAGAUGCAUCCUCGGAUGCAGAGCGUAGUCAAGGCGACACCGACAACCUCGCGCUUCAAGGAUGUGCUUGGGCGCGAUGCUUUCAGUCAGCCGGCGUUUGGGGCCAUUUCCGAAGAUGUCGAUGCAUAUGAUGGCCCAUCUUCGGCAUCCAUGGUCCCUUCUUCAGCACCGAGAAAGCAACGUCGGUCUGUUGGCCUAGACGAUCGUGGCAGUGUUCGGCCUCGGCCAGCCACGGCAAGGCGGUCGGAACAGGUGGAAGCCACCCCGGCAAAGCCAAUAGCUACAAGAUCGGAGACAGACCUUCUCGCAGGAGCGAACGACGAAGGUUGUGUCCUUGCCUCCUCCCCUGUAAUGUCGCGGAAGAUUGCACAACCUCGAUUUCUGCAAGCUGGCUACAGGGCCGGUUUAUCGCACAGAGACAGCGGCAUCUCGAUGCCUUCGUCACCGAGCGCGGGCUUGAUGGAGACGCCCGUGAAGCGGUCGGCACCUACACCAUCAAUGCCGCACUUUGUCAGUGUCACUCCUGUCAAGCGAUCCGCGGAUAUCUUCGCGAAGCAGGCGCCAGCCACCGUGGUCAACGAUGCGGUGGUUACAGAGAAGCCGAAGUCGAUAUACGCACGACUCGGAUGGGACGAUGAGGACGAGGACGACUUGUGCUAGUAGACCAACAAACAACUAGGGGCACGUGGCAGACUCUGGGAAUUACGCAUGGGAACCGGCAAAAUAGAUUUGGGUAUGACUUACGAAGACACGGGAUCACGGGAUUCACGCAUCAAGGAAAAGGCGUCCAGAGAUGAUUUGUGUUGGAACUGGCAGCAUACUUGUACAGCAUGUUUUGCAUCACAUAGCUAGACAUCAUGAACACCUUGCGAAUAUACAUUCUUGACUUCA